GAUUGAUUUAUCAUAAAUUAUAUUUUUUAAUAUGCCAAAUGCGUGGACUGAGGAUGACACCGAAAAAUUAGUAGCGCUUUAUGGACAGUAUCAGUGUUUGUGGAAUCCGUUUCAUCCCGAGUUCAGUAACAAAUCGUCACGUUACAAAGCUUACAAGGAAAUCAAAAGUUCUGUCGAUAUUCCCGGAUUAACAAUAUGCGAUUGCAUUGAGAGAAUUACGAGUGUAAAGAAAGAAUACUGUUAUGAACUGUCAAAGAUUGCUGCAGCUGUAUUUUGCGAAAAGUUGUAUACACCAAAGGCGAAAUGGUUUAAAGGAAUGCACAUGCUCUUUUUCCCAUAUAAGUCGUCAUCCCACAAAAAGGUACAACAUGCAGUAUUUAAGGAAUUGCUUAUUAAUUGUGAUUAUUCCACGCGUGUGGACGAUACCUCUGUAAGAGCAUACAGCAAAAGAAAAACCGAGGAUAACUUUGACAUAUUUGGAAAAAGCGUGGCGUUCCAAAUGCGAACUAUUGAUAUUAAAACUGCUAUGGAAUUGAAGAAAGAAAUACAAAGUCUAAUAACGAAGGCGCGAUUAAAAACUUUAGAAUCUAAGCUAAUGGAUCAGAAUAUUACCUCAAUCUGCUGCUGUGAUUGUGGCGAUUGUAAAGUAAUGUGUAAGGAUGAAAUUUGCAGUUGUGGCUUAACAUUAAAGGAAUGUUUACUUUUAACAAAAAUCAAUAAAGAAAAAAGUUACGGGUUUUCCUACAAAUAGCAGGUAUGAGCAAUA